UCCUCCCAGUCCCAGAUGAAGGGUUGUCUUCUCUGGCAAAAUUGUUCGGUCUUUCUGGACGCAUUUUGACGCAGUAUUGCAGAAACAAUCAACCGGGGAGAGAAAAAAUCCGAUUAACAGUUAGGUAUUCGAUUUUCUACUCCCUUUAGUACAAAGCGACUUAGUGUGAAGAUAAGUAGCUUACCACACGGUCAUCUCUACUCAAUUAGGUAAUUGGCUAAUUAUACGUUUCAGUUCGGUUUGUCCUGAUAGUCUACCGGCGACCAAAGGCCGGAUUGGUUAUCGUGCUAUAGGAUCUGAGUGAGGUGUUGCGUGCAUCUUAGCAAAGAUGUCACUAUCGAAACCGAUUUACUCGCUGCUGGGGUCGUACUUUGAACAACUGUUCAACCACCCAGUCAGAACGAAGGCAAUUACGAGCUGCGUCAUUGCGACCUCGGCUAACUUUUGCUCGCAGAAGAUCGCCGGAGCGAAGAAAGCCAACAGCAACACGUUGGUGGCCUAUGGUUUGUUUGGUUUGAUUUUUACCGGCCCUCUGUCGCACUACUUCUAUAAAUGGCUGGAGCGAGUUACGGAAGACCGGCGCUUCAAGCAGCUGCUGAUGCUGUUAGGUGAACGAGCUAUUUUUGCCCCGGCUAUUACUGCCUUGUCGCUCUAUUUCAUUACCCGCUUCGAGGGUAAGAGCCAUGAAGAUGGAUGCAAUAACAUGAACGAUCUAUACAAGCUGAUUCUGUUGAACAACUGGAAAUAUCUAACGCUACCUGUGCUGAUAAACUUUAAAUUUGUGCCGCCGAUGCUACGUGUUCUUGUCGCUAACAUCAUUGGCUUCUGCUGGAUAGUCUUCCUAUCGGCUAAGCGCCGAAAGGCUGAACUCCGCCGACGACAGGCCGAGGAACAGAGAAACACCUGAGUAGCGGUGAACGUCUCUUUCUGGCCUUUCGCGGUAUUAACGGGGAAGCGCCUCAAUGAUGACGACGAUGUUGACAAUUACGUAGCACCGGAGAAGCCCACAUCCUACGAGAAGCUGGCAGGGGGCAUUGUGUAAUGGAUCGUAUUCAGGAAAUACAGCAAAAGUGGCCUGCGCGGCCAAAUAAACAACAAGAAGAGGGAAACCGCGCAGCUUAGUUCGUAUAUGAAAGUAAAAUAAAGAAGAAAAAAAAACAAUAGCAACAAAAAGAUAACAUUUAGCAAAUUUGCAUAAUGCCAGCAAACACUAACAAAUAAAUACCAGCCUUUUUAAAUUCGCAUAUAAGACACGCGCGUUCGACAGCUAUCGAAAACCAGAAAAUAUAAUAUUAGCAACAUAGGAUACAUUUAAAAUUAUAGACUUGUUCAGCAUUUAAGAAAUUUGCUUCCGUAACAUGGUGAAUUAAUGCAAUAAUAUUUGUGAGAGGAUAUCCCGUUUCCCGUUCAGUUAUUAGCGUUCCAUUUUUAGGUAAGGGAGGUUUAAGACUUUUUUUCUGUUAAAUCUUUUGUUUCUCGGAUGUAAGUUAUUAUCAUGGGUAAAAAUAUAGCAUUUUUAUAUCACAGUAC